AGUCAAAAACGCUUCUUCGAAGUCACGCUGUAUAACACUUCGUAACAAUGAAGACUAAAGUAAUCAUUCUCCUAGCGUUGCAACUGCUAACGUCGGUGACAGCUGAUUCAAGUCAGGAAAAUAGAAAUAGUUUGGAGCAUCUAGAAGAAAAGCUCACGAGAGCGAUGGACGAAAUCAACAGAAAGGACACCAUCGAUGUUUACGGCGAUAUGAUAACUCUGGAAAAAGUUGCGGAAGACGGGGAACCAUCGGAAGAUAGUGAAGAUCCACUUGUGAGCAGAAUCGAAAAAUUCCUAAGAACUCGGAAAGUACAAAUUAAUCUUCCUAAUGACGUUUCAACCGCUGGUUUGUUCGCACGCGCCCUCGGUCAGAGAAACAUCGACGUAGAACUUGGAAGCUUGGCACGUGGAACGUCCGAAGCGCGUACGAAAUUGAAGAGGAUGAUCAUGCCACUGCUGAUCCUGCUGAAGUUAAAGGCAAUAAUCGUUCUGCCUAUCGUAAUUAGCAUGAUCGCUCUGAUAGGUAUGAAGGGCUUGGGCGCAGGUCUCAUGUCACUCUUGAUUUCUGGCGCGGUAGCCUUGAAGGCCCUUGUUACACCACCACCGCCACCAAGAGUCUCCUACGGAAUUAUAAGACCGCACGAAAUUCAUCACGAUCACUGGCACAGGUCAGAAGAAGAGGUCAAUCAACCUUACAGAGGCUGGACACCGGAAUACAAUGGCGAACAUUACCCAUACCAUGACAUCCCAUAAAAUACAAUGUCUCCCUUGCCAUUUACAUCUGUUUGUUUAUUUAUUUAUUUAUUUAUUGCGUGUCUGCAUAUGCUCACUUUAUAAAAUAAAAUAAAUCAUCUUUUUAUAAAAU